AUGCCAUCAGCAUCUUCAAAAGCCUGGGUCCUGCCUGUGAACUUAACAGAGAGACCUGUCUGCAAAGUUGUUCCAAGUAGACCUCAGCCCCGCUGCUUUCUUCUGCCAGUGGGCUUGGAGCUCUGGGUUUAUGUUCAGAAAAUGCGCAACCUGCAGAAGAAGAGAAUGGAGGCAUCCUGCCUGGAACUGGCCCUGGAAGGAGAACGCUUGUGCAAGGCUGGGGACUUCAAAGCUGGGGCAGCCUUCUUCGAAGCAGCGGUGCAGGUGGGGACAGAGGACCUGAAGACUCUCAGUGCCAUCUACAGUCAGCUGGGCAAUGCCUAUUUCUACCUAAAGGAGUACUCCAAGGCCUUGGAGUACCAUAAACACGACCUUACCCUGGCCAGAACCAUCGGGGACCGCAUUGGAGAAGCCAAGGCAAGUGGCAACCUUGGGAAUACAUUGAAAAUACUCGGGCAGUUUGAUGAAGCUGUCGUUUGUUGCCAGAGACACUUGGACAUUUCUCAGGAGCAGGGAGACAAGGUAGGUGAAGCCAGAGCACUGUAUAAUAUAGGAAAUGUUUACCAUGCAAAGGGAAAGCACUUAUCUUGGAGCAUGGCCCAAGACCCAGGCUACCUGCCUCAAGAAGUCAAGGAGACGCUACAGAAAGCUUCAGAAUAUUAUGAGAGGAACCUGUCCCUGGUGAAGGAGCUGGGGGACAGAGCUGCACAGGGCCGUGCUUAUGGCAACCUCGGCAACACCCAGUACUUACUCGGCAACUUCAGUGAAGCUAUAGCCUUCCACAAGGAGCGCCUUGCUAUUGCUAAGGAGUUUGGGGACAAGGCAGCCGAGCGGAGAGCGUACAGCAACCUGGGCAAUGCGCACAUCUUCCUCGGGAGGUUUGACAUCUCUGCUGAGUACUACAAGAAAACACUCCAGCUCUCCAGACAACUCAAAGACCAAGCAGUAGAAGCCCAGGCUUGCUACAGUCUUGGAAACACAUACACGCUGCUUCAAGACUAUGAAAGAGCAAUCGAGUACCAUCUAAAACACCUGGUGAUAGCACAGGAGCUGGGAGACAGGGUGGGAGAAGGAAGAGCCUGCUGGAGUCUCGGAAAUGCCUACGUCUCCCUGGGGAGCCAUGAACAAGCUUUGCACUUUGCAAGGAAACAUCUUGAAAUCUCCCAAGAGAUUGGGGACCGCAACGGUGAGCUGACAGCACAGGUGAACAUGGCCCAGCUCAAGUCAGCCCUCGGCUUGGGCCCCGGGGAUGAGGACAUGGGUACAGCUCAUCACUAUUCUGGGUAUGAAGCACAAGGAGCCAGGCCAAAGAGACUCCAAAGGAACAGCAUGGACAGCUUAGACCUCCUGAAGUUCCCUUCUGAAAAGGACCAGAAUGGGGACAGCCACCACAUGGGAGACCUGAAGAUCUCUGGAAAAGAGUUCUUGUCAUUACCUGCAAGGUCAAAGAAAUACCGGGAGCACCAAUCCAGUUCAGAGAGAAAGUCCCAGGGGUCAAGUACAUCGCCACUGGAUACCAGUGAAGUCCGAGUCCAGGUGUCACAGUCGAAAAUCAACCGGACCCCUUCGGAUGAGGAAUGCUUCUUUGACCUGUUGAGCAAGUUCCAGAGCAACCGGAUGGAUGAUCAGCGCUGCCCGUUGGAAGAAUGCCCAUCGGAGGCUGCAGAGGCAGCUGCCACACCGGUCCCUGCCCUGGAAGAACGGAUAUCACAGUCCUCCUUAAUGGCGUCUCCACAGACGGAGGAGUUCUUCGACCUCAUCGCCAGCUCCCAGAGCAGACGGCUGGAUGACCAGCGUGCCAACGUGGGCAACCUGCCAGGCCUCCGGAUAACACACAACAACCUGGGGCACCUGCGUGUAGAAGGGGAUGCCCAGGAGCCCGGGGACGAGUUCUUCAACAUGCUGAUGAAGUGUCAGUCCUCCAGGAUAGAUGACCAACGCUGUGCACCACCGGACUCCAUCCCCCGUGGCCCCACCAUGCCGGACGAAGACUUUUUCAGCCUCAUCCAGCGCGUCCAGGCCAAACGCAUGGAUGAGCAGCGAGUAGAUUUGGCCUCAGCCCAGGAGGAGGCAGCAGAGGAGCAGCAGAGGCCUGGUUCCAGCUAA